AUGCCGCCAUGUGCAAGGAAGGCCCAUCAAGCAAAGGUGCGGAAGUCGGACAUGUGGGCGCCGCCCCUGGGCCCUACAUGGAGAGAGGAUGGGUUGUGUCCCCAGGUCAAGGAGAACGAGAACUCGUUUUGGUCGAAACCCAAAGUGGCUCGAAAAGCUCCAGCAGCUCCCAACCCGCACGUCGAUGCGGACAGUGCCUCGGACUGGUCGAGGUCGGCCGCGCGGUCGGUAUCGUGGUGCUCCCGCGUAGGAUGGCAGAUUCCUUUGAGCCUUGAAGAGGUCCGAGAAGCAGCUGACAAAGGUGAGCUGUGGGCGGUGAAGGCCCUUGAACAGCUCCGGAAGCUUGAGCGCUGCGCUAACGAUCCAGUGCGACUCCAUUUGUCCAGCUGUGCGUGGCUCCACCGGAUCGCCUCGCAGCAGGGUCGCACGCGCUACGUGGACCCACGGACGGGGCUGGGUGUGUUCACGGCCACUGCCUUGAAGACCGGGGCGUGCUGCGGCCUUCAUUGCCGGCAUUGUCCGCAUGGUCAGGGGCCAGGCGGUCUGCUGACAGCCGAAGAGAAAAUUACCAUGCUGGAUUGGUGA